AUGAUUUGGUGUCGAGAUAAGUUAGGUGGCUGGAUGAUCAAGAAAUCGUCCAAGAUCAUUAUUUUGUCUCUUUAUAUAACAGCUUUAACAACGGCAAUUUAUGGAAUAACGAUAUUAAAAGAAGGAAUAGAAUACGGUGAUAUAUUUCCAACAACUUCGUAUGCUUCUUCGUAUGCCAUCAACUAUAAUCGCUAUUUUACUGAAUAUCCUCACGCACUUCAAGUUGUUAUUAGAGAAACUAUGGAUUAUUCUAAGCCCGAAGUGCAAAGUAAAGUCUUAAAUGUCAUACAAUCGUUUCAGAAUAGCACAUAUAUAGAGGAAAAUUACAUAACGUCUUGGCUAACAUAUUAUUUAUACUUCAUCAAAGAACCACGGUUUUGGUUUUAUAAAAAAUCGUAUAAUUUCAGUGAUCCAGAAGAUUUUGUUCAUUGCCUUCGAAACGUGUUCCUUCGCCAUCCCGUUACGAAGAUGUUUGAAAGAGAUAUCGUUUUUGACGAAGACGGUAUUCGUAUUUCUGCUUCGAGAUUUAUAUUGCCUUCUAAACAUGUAAAUAAUACCAUAUCAGAGAAGAAUAUGAUGGCAAACAUUAGAGCAAAAGCAGAUGCUGCAUCAUUACCAGUAACAGUACAUAACUUUUGGUGGAUAGACUACGAACAAUUGUUGGUAGCCGAAAAGUUAACUAUACAAUCCAUAAUUAUAGCAGCAUCAACUGUAGUUUUAGUGUUUUUUCUCUUCAUACCAAACUUAGCGUGUGUCAUUUGCAUAAUGUUUAACAUUGUAUCCAUACAGGUUUGUAUCCUCGGUUAUAUGGCAUUUUGGAACGUAACUUUAAACCCUGUAUCAGUUAUAAUUUUAAUAGUAUCCAUCGGUUUAUCUGUAGAUUAUUCGGCUCAUAUCUCUUACUCGUAUUUAGAAGCAAAACAAUUCAGCAUUGAAGAUCGAAUUAAGCAUUGUUUAUUUGCUUCAGCCAUGCCAAUCAUUCAGGGAACUCUGUCGACAUUUUUCAGUGUAAUGGUCACAGUUUUUAUACCUUCUUAUAUAUUUCUAUCUUUCUUUAAAAUUAUAUUUCUUUUAGUAAUAUUCUCAUUUCUACACGGGUUGUUUAUUAUUCCAGUCAUGUUAUCUUCUAUGCAUUAUAUAGUGUACUCAUUGAAAAGUAAAAACAAAAACAGAACUAAACAUUACUCGAAAAGUACUAAAGAAAACCGUAAUAAGGAAUUGUUGACUGUUCUAUCUUCAGUAUAG